ACACAUUUACCAAUGCACCUGCAUUGCAGUGCACCACAGUGUGCAGGGGCGGACUGACCAUUUGGAAACUCGGGCACUGCCCGAGGGCCCGGGGUUAGUAGGGGGCCCCAUGAGAUGCCCCUGGUACCUUUUUCAUAGGCUUUUUUGAGUUUGGGCAAGGACACGGGCCCCAUGAUCCCCUAUUGCCCGGGGUGCCCCAUGAGUUGUCAGUCCGCCCCUGUUGCAGCAACAGAUUUGUUUUUAAAUAGGCUGCUAAUGCACCACGAUGCACCUAAAUCCAGACAGGGACUAAACCAAAACACAAGUAUCUGUCUGAGUGCAUUUAGAUGGUGCAUUGGGGUUCCUUUU